GCACGGCCAGCGGUAGGAGCGCAUUGGGUUUUGUCUGUGUUGUGUUUAUAUUUUAUACCCCGUUUAUCAGAACGGAAAAUAAAACUACAGACAGCCCGUUUGGGCCUACAAAUUUGUUUUAAACCGGCAUUUUGAUUGGCGUUCCGUUUGGCUCAUACGAUUGAAGGGGAUCGAGGGCUCGUGCCUUUCCCCCUCAAGGUUCCAGAGAGGCGCGUGGAAAAGCCCUGUGCAGAGAAAGAAGGGGGAUCAUAGCGUAUGUAUGUAGCCUAAAUGCAUACAUGCCGGGGUCUUCGACUGUGUGGUUUUAAAAACGGAGACGGGUGUGUUUAUUUUGUCGGCAAACGGCAAUGAGUGGCAAUGAGAUCGCGUUGCUGGUGAGCCAGUGCUUUGAUGAAUAAUUUACGGUCUUGUGGUCCGAAAGGGAGCGAACCACAGCCACUGCCGUUUGUAAACCUCUGACGACUUCGGAGAGGGCCCUUAUGGUGGACUAGAAAGAGCCGACAAAACGGGUCUGAAACGGGACGAGGUAUUUUGACAUUGUCGGUAAAUUCUUAGGGGCGGUGAGAAGGGGUGAUGGUGUGUUGGAGGAGGAGAGAAGGAGCUUUGGGCACCUUGCGGAGGAUCAUAUACAAACUCUGUUUUCGGAUUAUUCUCAAACCCCGCCACUUCUAAACCACAACAAACAAAUCAAAACUAAUCUCAGUCAACUCUAAAUUACUAUUUUCGACAUGCGCCCAUUAAAAUAGUCCAUCCAAGAAACAAUAGAAUAGGUGUAUGUAAAGUUGACUAUCAUUGUAAUGAAUGGUGAGUAGUCGGUAGUUCUAAAGCUUCAUCCAAGUGUAGAGAUUGAAUCAUUGUGAACUGAAAUGAAUAUUGCACAUUUGAUUUUCUAUAGGAGAAUCUUUAAAAAUCAUGCGAUACAGAAUUUUAAAAGGGCGUUUCUCUCGGCCUGCAUCUGCAUAUCUGGCGUCAGUUGAGGGUUAUGUUUAGGAGAGAACACUUACAGGCCUAUCUUAUGUGGACCAUUUUGACAAAUGUUUACUUAAAAAAAAAAAAAAAAACAUAUCUACCUCAAACCUCUGCCUGUUUUCCACAGAACACGACUGGAGAAACAAACAAAUGUUUACUAAAUGAAUACCUCCGUCUCACUAAUACCUUGUAGGUUCUUUAUAAAGUGUAGCCUUAUUUAAAACGCCUUCGAUGGCUUCGUUCUCAGACUCCGACUUGCAGACCUGUCUUCUCUGCAAGGAGCUCUGUGGCUCCUCCUCCGCUACCAUCUCUUGCAACUCCUCCACUUCCUCUUCCUCCUCUCACUCGUCCUCCUCCUCCUCCCGGCGCCUCCAUGUCCUCCCCUGCCUGCACACCUUCUGCAGACAGUGUCUGGAGGGCCAGCGCAGCCCUGGGGACCCUCUCAAACUCAGCUGCCCCACCUGCAAUCAGAAGGUCUCCUUCUCCGAGGUCGGAUUGGACUCUCUCCCUUCCUCCAACUUCCUCUUGAGUAACCUUCUGGACGCGGAGCAGCUCCAACUCGGCCAAAAUAAGAACGGUCACCGGGGGGUCGGCGGGUGCUCCGUACCCAGGUUCCACCGCGCCCACAGCGUGCUCCAUCCGAACCGUCUGGGAGGGCCCCAGUGCAGCUCCUGUGGCGAGGGGAACCCGGCCAGCUUCCACUGCCUGGACUGCCAGGAGUACCUUUGUGAUAACUGCGUCCGAGCCCAUCAGAGGGUCCGGUUGACCAAGGACCACUUCAUGGAGAGCCUGCAGCAUACAAGCCGAGGCAUGGCCAGCCCCAUCGCAGGUAGAGGCAGGGGGGUUGGGGGAGGUGUAGGGUUGUCCCUGACCCAGCCCUUCCAGUCCAAAUCCUCCCUGCUGCCUUUGUUCCAGGAUAGGAUGAGCUUCUGUCAGCACCAUGACAACAAGGUGUUUCUGUUUUUCUGUGAGACGUGCUCUGUGCCUAUCUGUAGGGAGUGUAGUGUGGGCAGACACAUGGGCCACAGCUUGGUCUAUCUACAGGACGCUGUCCAGGACUCCAGAGACAUCACCAUCCAGCUACUGGCUGACGCACAGCAAGGAAGACAGGCUGUACAGUUGAGUAUGGAGAAGAUCCAGGCCAUAGCAGAGCAGGUAGACAUCAAGGCCAAGGUGGUUCAGACAGAGGUGAAGAACGUGGUCCUCAGACACCUGAAAGCUUUGGAGGACAGAGAGAGUCAGCUACUCUGGAAGGUUGAGAAGAUCCAACAGCUGAAAGCCAAGUCCCUGUACCUGCAGGUAGAGAUGCUGCAUCAGAACCUGACCAAGCUGGACAGCACCAUCACAGCAGUCACUCAGGUGCUGGAUGAGGGUUGUCACCUGGACGUGCUGCUGGCCAGAGAGCGCAUGCUGACCCAGAUCCAGGAGCUGAAGUCUCUCAGAGGCCUGCUGCAGCCACAGGAGGACGAUCGUUUAAUGUUCACCCCUCCAGACCAGGCCCUGUACAUAGCCAUCCAGUCCAUGGGGUUGAUCAGUAGCGGAGCGUUCGCUCCCGUCACCAAAGCUCACGGCGAGGGCCUAAAGACCGCACUCCGUGGCAAGACCGCCUCCUUCACCGUAAUUGGCUACGACCACGACAGGGAGCCCUGUCUCUCGGGCGGUGACGCAGUGUCAGCGGUGGUGAUGGCAGCGGCGGAUGGUAACCUGUCGGCUGCGGAGGUGUGUGACAACCAGAACGGGUCGUACACGGUCAGCUACUUGCCUAAGACUGAGGGAGAAGAUUUGGUGUCAGUUCUGGUCUGUAACCAGCACAUCAUGGGCAGCCCCUUCAAGGUACUGGUGAAGUCUGGGCGACGCUACGGGGCUCUGGGUUCACCAGUGUCUGCGUUUGGCAGUGAGGGGGAGGGUGACGGUCAGCUGUGUCGUCCCUGGGGCAUCAGUGUGGAUAAAGAGGGAUACGUGGUGGUGGCCGACCGCAGUAACAACCGCGUACAGAUCUUCAAGCCGUGCGGGGCCUUCCACCACAAGUUCGGCUCCCUGGGCUCUCGCCCCGGUCAGUUUGAUCGUCCAGCGGGCGUGGCGUGCGACAGCCAACAGCAGAUCAUCGUAACGGACAAAGACAACCACCGUGUGCAGGUGUUCACCUUUGACGGACAGUUUAUGCUGAAGUUCGGCGAGAAGGGCACUAAGAACGGUCAGUUCAACUACCCCUGGGAUGUGGCAGUGAACUCUGCGGGGAAGAUCUUGGUCUCUGACACCAGGAACCACCGCGUCCAGCUCUUUGGCCCUGACGGCUCGUUCAUCAACAAGUACGGCUUUGAGGGCACCCUGUGGAAACACUUUGACUCGCCGCGGGGUGUCGCCUUUAACCAGGAGGACCACCUGGUCGUCACCGACUUCAACAACCACCGUCUGCUGGUGAUUCGGCCAGAUUGCCAAUCUGCCCGGUUCCUGGGCUCCGAGGGUACCGGUAACGGGAAGUUCCUGCGUCCCCAGGGCAUAGCGGUGGACCAGGAGAACCGGAUCAUCGUUGCGGACUCGAGGAACCACCGUGUGCAGGUGUUCGAGCCCAACGGGAACUUCUUAUGCAAAUUUGGCACUCAUGGCAGUGGCUUCGGACAGAUGGACCGCCCCUCCGGUGUUGCUGUGACACCUGACGGAGUCAUCGUGGUUGUCGACUUCGGAAACAACCGCAUCCUCAAGUUCUAAUCGCUUUUCGCUUUCUUUCUUUCUCUCACUCGGUUUUCUCUCCGUUUCUCUGUCAGGAAAUUGAAGAGCUAGGAAAAGGAUUCAACAAACAGACACAAAGAGGACAGUUUAAAGAGAUGCGUUAUUACAAAUUAAGGGGAAGUGAAUUUGUUCCGUUUUUAAAUAAUUUUUUAGUUUUAGGUUUUAGUUUGUGUAAUCAGAUUCCUGUGGUAUACUGUAUGACAAAGGGGACCACGAAGACUAGUUGAUAAUCAGUAGUGAAAGUAACAAGGAAGAGAUCACGAUUUCCCUAUCUGAAUUGCUCUCUCUCAACUCUCAUCACGUCGCCUUCUCAGGGAUUUUUCUCACUUUUUCUUGAAAUAUUGAAUCGUUUGCUCCGCCACCUACCUCAACCAGUUCUUCAUGAAUGUACUCACCCUCUCCGAGCAGAGGUCUACUCUAGUCUGUCAAGUUUUACAAAGAAGAAAAUGAAAAAAGUCUACCUCAAUACUUUUUUUAUUUAAAAUGAAAAGACGUUUUGACCUGACCUGUAGUGGAGUCUAAUGUGUUCAGUGAUGUUUAGGGUAGCUUGUUCUGUAGAUCUUGGUUUAGCAUGUCCCCCUCAUCUCUCCAUGUGUAGUGUCACUGCAGACCGACGGAAUAGAGGUAAUGCCAAACCGCUUAGACUGACUCUGUGUUAGUUAGCUCAGGUCACAGUACCAGAUGGACCAGAAGAAUCUCCUUUUAGCUUGACUGGUUUAUUGAUCGCAGCGGCGCCGGGAGUCUGACCUGGGACAGAUGCAGUUUGAUGAUUGGUUGAAAUCAUGAGCUAGUCGUUGUUGUGGGGAGAUUCUCUUUUCUGUCCCAAAGUAUCCAAUUAUCAAUUGAACAUUGUUGAUUCCUUUCAGUCGUCAGCAAGCUGGUCUGAUUAUGAGGAGAAAAAUAAUGAAAAUCAAUGUGAAAAAACAAACCGCAUUUGUGUACUCUCAAACGGAGGGCCCACCAAAGUAUUUUAUACGUUUAUCAGGAGUUAUCAGGAUGUAUUGGUUGUUGAUUAGUAGAUUGAUUAUGAAUUCUGUUUGAGUGACAUUCGUUGUGAAUGAUGCGGAAGGAUAGCAAUGCCUCCAGAAAGCAGGCAUCUUGAUUGGCUGUCCACAGGAGUGAGAGCCAAUCAGAAAUCAGAAUGAUCCUGUGUGGUUGAAUUGUGGGGCACUGAUUGGCUCUUUGGGGCUAGGAUUUAAUCCAACCCCCUUCUGACAUCACUGCCCCAACCUAGUUAUUGACGCCCAUUCUGAAAUGCCGGAGAGAGAGUGUUCCGGAACAUGUGCAUGCUAACCAGACCUCGAAAAGAUGGAGGUCUAGAGACCAGCUAGUGGAGUCAACCAAAGGUAGAAUUUCGGCCAACUGUAUGUUUGGCAUCGAAAGAACAACAAGUCCCAUUGAAGACAUUUUGUUGUUUAAUAAUUUAUGUUGGAGGUCUAAAACGCUCACCAGCUGUCACCAAAAAGAUAUGUUCAAAGCACUGUCAAUGGGAAGAAGAAGAAUAUAAGGCCUACUUUUAGCUUUUAAAAUGGAAGUACCUUUCAAGCCUACUUCCUGAGGAGAACGUUGUAGAAAGGUCUGGGGAAAAAAACAUAUCUCACAGCAACCAAAGAGUAUCUUUCCAGGCCACUUUCCAUCUCACACCCCUGAGAGGUUCAAUCUAGCUCCACCACCCAUGCUAACGUGACACUGCUUCAUGUCUAGCAACCCUUAUUUAGCAUUAGCAUCUCAAACCAUUUAACCAUUGAGUGCAAACAGAUUCCUGAUUUAUCACCUGUGGUGGACCUUAUUGGAGGGGUUGUAAAUCUCCCUUUCUCUUGUGAAGUUAGUCACUUUAGCGUAGUCUAGCCUAGCGGUAUGGGCGUUUUAUUAGUUGGUUUCUGAGCUUCUUACCUCAGAGGAAAGUGCAGGCCUGCACUUUAAAUCCUAAUUCACGUAAACUUUCACAUCCCAUCAUUUACCUUAACUGUCAGAUACCUCAACAUUUUUUAUAUACUUUCUUAUUCCUCAGUUACUUUAUGUGCAACUCAAUUGUAAUACAACCUACCUUAACCAGUUACUGGCUACAGUACCUCAACUCUCAGACCUCAUCAACAUACAAAUGUCAUUUUACAAAUCUACCUCAACACACCUUUUACCUAACUUUAAAUGCCUCAUGUUACAUACCGUGUGUGUGUGUGUGUGUGUGUGUGUAUAUCAGUUGAAGUCGGAAGUUUACAUACACCUGAGCCAAAAACAUUUAAACUCAGUUUUUCACAAUUCCUGACAUUUAAUCCUAGUAAAAAAUUCCCUGUCAACAUGAUGCUGCCACCCCCGUGCUUCACGGUUGGGAUGGUGUUCUUAGGCCUUCAAGCCUCCCCCUUUUUCCUCCAAACAUAGCGAUGGUCAUUAUGGCCAAAACAGUUCUAUUUUUGUUUCAUCAGACCAGAGGACAUUUCUCCAAAAAGUAUGAUCUUUGUCCCCAUGUGCAGUUGCAAACCGUAGUCUGGCUUUUUUAUGGCUGUUUUGGACCAGGGGCUUCUUCCUUGCUGAGCAGCCUUUCAGGUUAUGUCGAUAUAGGACUCGUUUUACUGUGAAUAUACAGUAGAUACUUUUGUACCUGUUUCCUCCAGCCUCUUCACAAGGUCUUUUGCUGUUCUUCUGGGAUUGAUUUGCACUUUUCACACCAAAGUACAUUGAUCUCUAGGAGACAGAACGCAUCUCCUUCCUGAGCGGUUUGACGGCUGCGUGGUCCCAUGGUGUUUAUGUCUGAGUACUAUUGUUUGUACAGAUGAACGUGGUACCUUCAGGCGCUUGUAAAUUUCUCCCAAUUUCUCUACAAUUUUUUUUCUGAGGUCUUGGCUGAUUUCUUUUGAUUUUCCCAUGAUGUCAAGCACAGAGGCACUGAGUUUUAAUGUAGGCCUUGAAAUACAUCCACAGGUACGCCUCCAAUUGACUCAAAUGAUGUCAAUUAGCCUAUCAGAAGCUUCUAAAGCCAUUACAUAAUUUUCUGGGAUUUUCCAAGCUGUUGAAAGGCACAGUCAACUUAGUAUUUGUAAACUUCUGACCCACUGGAAUUGUGACACAGUGAAAUAAUUUGUCUGUAAACAAUUGUUGGAAAAAUGACUCUCGUGUCAUGCACAAAGUAGAUCUCCUAACCGACCUGCCAAAACUAUAGUUCAAUAACAAGAAAUGUGUGGAGUGGUUGAAAAAUGAGUUUCAAUGACUCCAACCUAAGUGUAUGUAAACUUCAACUGUGUGUAUGUAUAUAUAUAUAUAUUGGCCUACCUCUUCAAAUAUUUUGACUAGUAACAUCUAAACAUCAAGUCUCUUGUACUGUAUACUUCAGUUUCCAGACCUUUAAGUUUGUACUGUACCUCUUGUACUUGUACGGUACCUUUUAAGUUAGUCUUUAUUUGUAUUUUUUUUAUUUAAACAUACCUCGUUACUUUUACCUCAACUUUUACCUCACACUUUAAAUCAUGUAACAUUUACCUGUCACCUGUUGGACCAAAGAUCUUAAUCCUGGAGGCUCCUUUUCAUGUAAAAUGACAAGUUACAAAUGGCCAUCUCUCCACAUUGUGUCCAUGAGUGGUCUGCUUAGCAUUGUGGUGCAUUAUGCCUUUUAAUCCUAUGGAGAAACCAAAUAGCGAAGAUCAGAGCAUUGUGCCAAAAAAUAUAUUUGUGGGAGUUUGGUGUCAAAAUGGAGUUGGCGUCGGGAUGACACUGUCAUAGACGGUGAAUGUCAUUGGACCAUUAUAUCAUAGAUAUUAGUGUUUAGCGAAUCAAAGCAGCCAAGGACAGAUCCCUGUGCUUUGAUUGGAUGCACUUAUGUGGGUGCAUCCACCCCCCCCUCAUCCCCUUUUUUUGCGUCACCACAGUAGAGCUGUAACCUGAUUGGCCAACAGUGAGAAAGAUGGCGACGUCACCGUUAGCUAAUUUGAGGCCUUCAUCCUACCCCCUUUAGACCGACAAGAAUUACCUCUAAUAUCAGCACAGGUUCUCCUCAGUAAGAACAUCUUAGAAGUGUGUACCUAAGAGUUAGCACAAUGUUGGUUGGUACUAACUUAUUUGAAAACUCACUCUUUGACAAUGCAAAAAAGUCUGGUGUGUGUGUAGGAACACAUUGCGCGAAUAAGAUGCUUAUUACGAGUUAAUAAGCCUGUUUAUAGCACGGUAAUAAGCCUGUUUAUAGCACGGUAAUAAGCCUGUUUAUUGCACGGUAAUAAGCCUGUUUAUUGCACGGUAAUAAGCCUGUUUAUUGCACGGUAAUAAGCCUGUUUAUUGCACGGUAAUAAGCCUGUUUAUUGCACGGUAAUAAGCCUGUUUAUUGCACGGUAAUAAGCCUGUUUAUUGCACGGUAAUAAGCCUGUUUAUUGCACGGUAAUAAGCCUGUUUAUUGCACGGUAAUAAGCCUGUUAAUAGACCGGAGACAUUAGCACAUUACAGGCCCCAGACCCUGCUGCUUAGAACCGAUACGAUCCGUCGACGUGUUUCAGUAUUACUAUAUGGAAAAAGUCUGCAAUCUUUUACAUUUUAAUAAAAAAAUGACAAAAUUCUAUCUUUAAGGUUUUCACUCUUACAGAGGAAUGUAUUUGAAACUUUUUGUUUUUGUUCCUUUUUUGUUGCAUGCUUAUUACAUUUUUAAAAAAUGAAACAACGUCUCACAGAUAUAGGUGAUGUAAACUCGACGGGUUGGUAGCUGAAUCUGGGGAUGUUUUUUUUAUCAUGAUCAUAUACCCACAGGUGUGUAUGUGUUAGGAGUGCGUUGGAUGGAUUUAUCCUUUUUGACCUUUGCGAUUGUAUUUCCUGUUCCCAAGAGGCUCUGCAGAGACCAAUCGUUACUUGGCCAGCCAUGUCUGGAAUCUGUACUAGAGUGCAGUUAGUACAACAACUUUUAGAGCCACACAGUUUAAUGAUCCCUCCACACACACACGAUGAAGACUGUUUACACUGUAGACAUUUUGUUUUUGCCCUAGUAAUGACAACCUCAUACUCUCUAUCAAAAUAAGCUAGGUUUCUUCAUUAGAAUCGCUUGAUUUAUUUUAAACCCCCCCCCCCCCCCCCUCACAAAAAUAUCCAGGAAGUGUGGUGCUGAGUACUUGAUUGGUCUCCUGUACUCCUGUUGGGCAGGGUUUUAUUGGCCCCUAUGUUUCUGUCCACCAUUUUGUUUCUGGCAUCUCGGAGAGAAGUUGAAACUGCACCAGGUAGAAGUUGUGCAACAUGUUAAUGAUUGUAUCUUUUAAAGAAAAAAAGAAAAUACGUAACAUUUUUAAAAGGAAGAAAAAAAAUAGAAACUCAGGUAGUUCUAUGUCCCUGUGUCACAGUGAAAUGUGUCCCCCAUAGUGAUGUGGGUGUCACAGUGAAAUGUGUCCCCCAUAGUGAUGCGGGUGUCAGUGAAAUGUGUCCCCCAUAGUGAUGCGGGUGUCACAGUGAAAUGUUUACCCCCUAGUGAUAAUAUAGUGAAUCUUUCUGUUAUGACCUCAGUACGAGUCUCAUUGGCCAUGUUCCAGGACCCUCUUUCUUUGCAGUUGGGUUGUGACAAUCCUGAGAUUUCUGCAUGUGUGUGUGUGUGUGUGUGGUAAAGACGGGCUGGAACGCGACCAAUCUUGUCUGUGUGUCCGUUUUUGCAUAUUACACGUUAGUUCUCAAUCUCAAAAAUGGAAACAUUUAGCUUUUUGAAUGAUUUCCUUCAAAUGUACUGUUUUAUGUUUAAUUUUCAGGUUUUAUUUUUGUUAAAUGUUCCCGUUGUUUGUUUGAUAAACACCAAAGGACUCCAGACCACACGACCCUUUUGGAAUGUAUUUUGUUAUUUGUUAUUUUGUAAGAAAAUGGUUUGCUGGGAGUGAUUCUCACUCACACCCUACUCAUUGCUAGCAGGAUCACAAAACAGAACUGAUACUGUACUACCAAUCAAUCUGCGUCUGGAGAAUUACAAUGGACACCAUGUUGUUACCAUUGUUGUUCCAUUCCAGUGAGAAUGCAAUUUAGAAUCUUACUAUCAUGGAGCCUUUGGUGACAAAAUGGCCUCUUUUAAAAAAAUAUAAAAAAAUCUGAGUCUGUUUAUCAACAGUCACUCUGUAGGCCUAUUUCUAAGGCUCUGUUCUGGCCUGUGUGCAGUAGGUGGUGUGUGAGAGUGUGUUUGUGUGCUGCAUCGUGUUGUUGUUGAACCCAAAUCCACUGAAUGUAUUCUCCUCUGUCGACGAGGCACGAGGACAGCAGGGACCAGCUGAGUUUAGGAGGGUGCUGCUGGUGUGUGUUUUGUGUUGGUGUACUAUCAAAUACACACUGAAAUUAUCUGUAAGGAGUGUGUAUGUGUGUAUGCACGUGUUUCCCUCCUCUCCUCACACACAGUGGUCGGUGUGGAAGUGCAGUUGUCAGGUCUUCAGUUUAAAUAAAGAAGAGACUAAUUUACCUGCAGUCUUCUGUUACCUGCUGUCUUCUGUUACCUGCUGUCUUCUGUUGCCUUCCCUCGUCUGUUGCCUGCUGCCUUCUGUGGACUUUACACAUUUCCUAUGCAGUUUUUUGUUUGUUUACACUUAAAUAAACGUAUUUCUUUGA